AUGGCAGAGCCAGAGCGGCAGAGAUUACGCUCAAAUCUAGAAUUAUCGGAAGAGUGCAUCAGGGAAAUAGUAUCACUGUUGAAUCCUAAAGAAUGGGGCAGAGGGUGUGCGGUUUCGCGAAAAUUCCGUGAGGCUUCUGAGUCCGAUGAAAACUGGGUUAGAUUUUUGCCUCCUGAUUGGAUGGCAAUCAUUUCCAGAUCAUCGGCUCACUUACAUUUCACUUCUUUGAAACAGCUAUACCUCGAUCUUUCCGAUGACCCCAUUUUAAUUGAUGGCGAUACAAAGAGCUUUUUCUUGGACAAAUCGAGUGGUAAGAAAUGUUACCUUCUUCCUGUAAGGGAAUUGUCCAUUAUAUGCUGUGACUAUCCUCAGUAUUGGAGAUGGAUUUCUCUAACUGAGGAAUCCAGAAAAUCAAACAGGUUCCCAGAGGUAGCGCUACUUCAUGAUGUGUGGUGGUUUGACAUCAGAGGUAAGAUGAGUACUUCCAUUCUGUCUCCCAAAACACGCUAUGUCGCUUACCUUGUGUACAAGUUGUGGAGCGGAGCCCGUGGAUUUGAUGGCCCUCCUUUCAAGGCUUCAGUGGGAACUAUUGGAGGUGAAGUUUAUAAACAAAUUGUUCGUUUGGGCCUGUUUCUCAUGGAGCCAAACCAACAACACCGGAUUAUACUGCCGCCGCAGCAGCACACUUCACAUCCUAAGCAGAGAAUAGAUGGAUGGUUAGAGAUUGAGUUGGGUCAAUUUUUCAAUGGGGGAGGAGAAGAUGACAAACUGCAGAUUAAAGCUAAUACCCAGAAGAUUGGCCUCAUUCUUAAAGGGAUCAAGACCAGGCCACAAAGGGUCUCAACCCAAACAAGUAUUGCUGGAAGUAGUGGAGUUGGUAGAUAUGGAAAAGGAGUUGGAGCUGGAAAAAGCAUUGGAACUGGUGCUAGAAAAGGAAGAGCUGAGAACAUUGAAGGGCAGUAG